AUGGAUUUACGAAACAUUCCCUACCGUUCAGACGUGGUUACGUGGAAUGCAGAUGACUUAGCAGAAUAUUUUAGGAUGUUAAAGUAUAAGGACUGUGAGAAAGUUGUGAGAAAGCACAGCAUAAAUGGACAAAGGUUUUUGAACAUGUCUGAAAAUGAUAUUCAGAAAUUUCCCAAACUCAGAGUGCCAAUUGUAAGUAAAUUAAGUCAAGACAUAAACAAAAAUGAAGGGAAGCUGUCUUUCUUUCCAAAAUGGGCCCAAACACAAAAAUCUCCUGAAAAUCCAGGAUACAGUCAAGAAGACGGUGACUGGUCUUCAUUUGAUGAAGAUGAUGAUGACUACGAAAGCCCUGAUGAUGACCAGGAAAAGGAAGAUGAAGCUGACUAUGAAUCACCAACAGAAGAACCUGAGGAAGCAGAACAUGACAGUGAUGGCUAUGAGCCACCUCCAUCCAAUAAUGAUGAAGCACACCACAACGUCAUAUUUCCUGCCAAGUCACUUGCAAACAACACAGAUUAUAUAGACAGACCAACAACAACUAGAUCAUCACAUCAGCCUCCAGUACCACCCCAGCGACCUGGCCCAUCCCCAGUACCAGCCUCAUUUGGGGGAAGAGGUGCUUCUCUGCCAGCUUUUCCUCCUCCGCCAAGCAACAAUGACUUGAGUAGAGACAGAAAUAUCAAGCCUUUGAAACCCCCAGCUCCUUCUAUAGACAGAAGCACAAAACCUCCACUGGAUCGCCUUGCUCCCCCAUUUGAAAGAGAAAGCCCAGCAUCAGGGAGGAAGCCGGGCUUUCCUGAAAAGCCUCUGACUUCGCAGCUAAGAUCCCUGGGGGAACAGUUAGCAAUGAUGCCAAAACCUCCUGUCCCACCAAGUGACAGAUACGAAAGAGGCAAUCCAACUCCUCCAAGGAAGCAAACCCCUGUAAAGCCGGGUUGGCCACCACACAAAAAAAAUGAAGAGGAAGAAGACGCUGCACCCCAAAGACCAGUGCCACAGCUAUCUUUGCCCCCAUACAGCUCCAAUACAUUCCCAGCCAAAUCUGUCAAGCCUCCACCUAAGCCAGGAGCCAACAGUAUGCCUGGUGCAGAAAGUGCUAGAAACCUGUCUUCAAGCGGCUCACUACCACCACGCUUACAUCCAGGCAACACCAGCAGAUCUCCUUCACGAGGCGCAUCUGACAUAAGACCUCCAUUGCCAAUUCCUAGCAGACAGACUGUUCACCAAAUGAACACGGAGGAAGAUGAGGGCUCACUAAAUGAUGAAUGGUACGUUGCUUAUGUUAGCCGGCCAGAAGCAGAAGCAGCUCUUCGAAAAAUAAACAAGGAUGGAACAUUCUUGGUAAGAGACAGCUCAAGAAAAACUGCAACUCACCCAUAUGUACUGAUGGUGUUGUACAGAGAUAAGGUAUACAACAUCCAGAUUCGGUAUCAGGAGCAAAAUCACAUAUAUGUGUUAGGAACCGGCUUAAAAGGAAAAGAGGAUUUUUCUUCUGUAGCAGAUAUCAUUGAUUACUUCCAAAGAACACCUCUUCUUCUGAUUGAUGGAAAAGACAGAGGUUCAAGAAACCAGUGCAUGUUAAGGUAUGCUGCAGGACACAUUUAA